AUGAAAUCAGUUGUAUCAAAAUAUAUAGAACAAGGAAUAAAUUCCGGCCGAGAUCACCACGCUGCAUUCUCUCACCUACCUCGAUGUCUCGAGCAACAAUAUCAAGCAGAUCCCGCAUGCGAUCGGCCAGCUCAAGCAGCUGCGCAAUUUGCACGUGCAGCACAACAAGCUGCGUGUGUUGCCCGAGGACAUAGGCCUGUGCACGGCGCUGACGACCCUGCGCUUCAACAACAACACCCUCUCGCAUCUGCCGGCGUCCGUGGGCAAGCUGGCCGCGCUGACCGAGCUCUACGUGCAGGAGAACAGGCUCGUCACGCUGCCCACCGAGAUUGGCGAGUGUCGGGCACUGCGCAAGCUCAACCUCGAGUUCAACAAGAUCGCCAUCCUGCCCGCGCAGCUGCGUCAGCUGCACAACCUCAACCUCCUCUCCCUUCACGACAACGCGCUCGAGGAACUGCCCUCCUUUUUGCAAGUUGA